UUAUAAACCCAACAAAGACAGAAAGAAGAAUUUAUCCUGCAGGUCAUCUUGAUACUUGGAGGUCAUCCUGGUACAAGAAGGUGGCACUUGUAGUGUCAAUACUGCAUGUCAUCCUUGUACAAGAGGUUGGCACUUGUAGUAUCAAUACUGCAGGUCAUCCUGGUACCAGAAGUUGGCAUUUGUAGUGUCAAUACUGCUGGUACAAGAAGGCAGUACUUUUAGUGUAAAUACUGCAGGUCAUCCUGGUACAAGAAGUUGGCACAUUUAGUACCAACAUCAGUGUCAGAAAACUCCUGUAAGUUCUGUAAAUACAGUACUGUAAUGUAUUAUUGCCCUCUUAUACUCUUUUUCACUUUACAGGAUGUCAAGGUGCAAUAAGUUCAUGAAUUUCUAACUACUUUUCAUAGGGAGUCAAGAAUUACAAGAAAAAUUUAUGUUCCUUAGAACAUAUCACUUAAAAGUUAUUAGCUUUUCUCUCGUAUCUUAUGAGUGCAAGAAUAUUUACAGAGAACUGUGUACAUGACCUUAAGGUUUCAUUUCCAUUCACACGAGUAAAGUUACAAGUUCAGAACACCGGUGAAUAUAUAUCAGAUAUUGGACUUGGGAUGUAAUAUACAUCCCAAGUCCCCCACGAGCACCUUCUUAAGUAUGAUCCAAGGGAAUACAGCUCUAUUACAACAGAUGACUUCCAAACAAUGCACCUUGAGCUAUAGACCAGCUGCCACUGCCAGUAGUCAGGAGGAGUGACCUGACAUAAGGCAGGUCACAUUACAUACUUCGAGGUAGCUCGGGUUAACCAGAGACUGGUCAUUACACUAAUGCUUGACAACUUGCAUUGUUACACCUAACAAAAGAUUUUAAAACCAUUAAGAAUAUACAAUAAUUUUACAUGAUUCCGUUAAGUAAUUUAUGUUGGCCAUAGAUAAUAUUAUACAGUCGGACUUGUUUAUUUUAGCUACUAAUAAGGAAGUUCGCAAUAUGAUAUUAAGUGAUAUCGGCUCAGUAAUGUGGAAAGUGACCAGGCGUAACAGUAUAUAUAGUGACAACACAAACUACAGUGCUAAUACAGUGACAUCUCUGAUUAUGAUGUUUAUGCAGUGACAACAAUAACUACAACGUAAUUCAGUGAAGCACUGACUAGUGUUAAUACAGCGACAAUACUGUUACAACAGUGUUGGUAAUACAACACUUACAGUGCCAACAAGUGUCAUAAAUAUCUGCUAGUGUCAUCCUUCUUAUUCCUCAGACACUCUUACACAUUUAGUGCUUGCUAUAUUUAUAAUAGAAUAAUACAGUAAUAUUAGUUUUCUGUGUAAUAUAAUAUUCUCAAAUCUCCACUGGUUUAACAAUUUAAAUAUGUGAAAACUUAUUGUUCAAUAUGUCUAAAAUACCUGAAAAAGAAUGUGUUGAAGCAACAGAAUGUACAGUUGUUCAUGUAGGACACCAGUUAGAUCAACAUUCACAUGAAAAACAAUAUGUUGAAGCAACACAAUGUACAGAUGUUCGUGUAGGAGAUCAAUUAGAGCAACAUUCACACUCACUCAAACAAUCUUCACAACAACCUCAGCGUGGAUAUCUGACCAAAUUUAAUAUAGGCAAAAAAACUUUUCAAUGUUCAGUGUGUCUAAAAGAGUUUUCUGAAAAGUAUUACUUUCUACGGCACAUGAGAACUCAUACUGGAGAGAAGCCAUAUCGGUGUUCAGAAUGUCUGAAAGACUAUUCUACAAAAUCAGAUUUAGCAAUUCACAUGAGAACUCAUACUGGAGAGAAGCCAUAUCAUUGUUCACAAUGUCUGAAAGAAUUUUGUAUGAAAUCAAAUUUAGUAAGACACAUGAGAACUCAUACUGGAGGAAAGCCAUAUCAGUGUUCAGAAUGUCUGAAAGGCUUUUCUAGAAAAUCAUAUUUAGUAAGUCACAUAAGAACUCAUACUGGAGAGAAGCCAUAUCAGUGUUCAGAAUGUCUGAAAGGCUUUUCUAGAAAAUCAUAUUUAGUAAGUCACAUAAGAACUCAUACUGGAGAGAAGCCAUAUCAGUGUUCAGAAUGUCUGAAAGACUUUUAUAUGAAAUCAAAUUUAGUAAGACACAUGAGAACUCAUACUGGAGGAAAGCCAUAUCUGUGUUCAGAAUGUCUGAAAGGCUUUUCCAGAAAAUCAAGAUUAGUAAGACACAUAAGAACUCAUACUGGAGAGAAGCCAUAUCAAUGUUCAGAAUGUCUGAAAGACUUUUCUAAUAAUUCUCAUUUAGUAAGACACAUGAAAACUCACACUGGGGAGAGGCCAUAUCAGUGUUCAGAAUGUCUGAAAGACUUUACUAAAAGAUUUCAAUUAGAAAGUCACAUGAGAAGUCAUACUAGAUAGAAAGCUCUCCCAGAGGUGGUGUCAUGUUGUAUGCACUAAUAUUUCUUGCUCUACCAACACUGAUAUUAAAGUAGGGAAGUAUUUUUGGGUCUGCUUGAAAGACAGAAGAUAGUGGGAGCAUAUUACAUAGCAAACGACAGAAACACUAAAAAACAAACAUCGUUUUUGGAGAAGUUUUAGGCUAUGGCAUCAACAAAGCACUCCUUUACCAUGUUGGAUAAAAUGUUUAAUGUUGUCAAGAGUAGUGUGCAGAUUGUCACAGUGCACAAUGGUGGACAAGCUCAUUAUCUCCCUUACCAUCACUAACAAUACUACUGUCACAAUUCAUAAACAUGUUUCAAUUCUUGCAGUAGAACUUGUUUUACAACAUACCUUAGCUCAGUGUGGUUUCCUAAUGUGUGUACAGACAUUAUAGAGCAACUCAAACUCCAUUACCUCCCAAUUCUUGAGGUUGACACUUAUAUACUACCUGCCCCUGGAUGGAGACACUAUCCUUGUAUUAUAGCCAAGUUAACUUAUGACUGCUCUGAACUUCCAUCAUCUGUUUAUAUAGCAAGAUGCCACUAACAAGUAUGGGAAUUUAUAUCUUUGUUGCAACAAUGUAGAAAUUGUGGGACUUUUCCCACCUGGCAAAAAUUGCAGGUUGAUGGCAGAGUGCCUGGUCUGUGGUGCUCCUGACCCUAUCACUCCAUCCUGUAGCCAACCUCCUACUAGUCUCCACAUGUAGACUUUACUGACACUACCAGUUUACUUCUCUUCACAAAAUAUGAUUUAAUUAGAGUGUAAUAUUCGAAGCUUUGUUUAGCCAGGGUGAGCUUCAGGUGUUGCUUUCCCGGUUUUCCCAUUUGUGUCUGUUUACAAGAGCCAAAAUUGCACUCCUUUGUUAUUCAUCCCAUCUUGGACUAUUGCUUAUUGCUUUCAUCCACUCCUUUUCCUGGUGGGAAAUUUAAUGAAAGUGCACUUUUUGUAUGCCAUUUUACCACACUCAGAUCUUUGUUCAUACUUCACUGCUUUACACUGCAGCCCAUAUCUACUUGAACAAGUGGUAUACAGUCUGCUCUUUGUAUCUUUUUCAACCAUCCAUUUCUGAUGUUGAAUUUCUGGUUUCUUCCCUACCUCCACCUUUAUUAGGCAAUUUUUAUGCUCAUCAUUUCCUCUGGGAAGGAUCUCCCUGUGACUCAUGAUGACCGGUGAGAGGCUUUCUUCUCUUUCCCUUCAUUUUGAUCCUCACACUCAGUCUUUCUUGAAUAGAUCUCUCUAUUUGCUCCUCUUCAACUGCACUCCAUGUUACCUGGUCUGUUGUCCCAGAUUUACAUGACAGUGAUCAUUUUCCUAUCGUCUUUAAUUCCCAUACGUAUUCUUGACCUCCUCAUAUAACAUGUUAUUAGUUGCAGUUUGUACACAUGAAUUAGACUGUUUAUUUGUUUAAAAUCAUUUUUGAUGAGCCUUCUCCAUUGCCGUCCUCUGGUGAGCUGCUAGUUUUUCAAAUACAAUCCCCCAAACCUCAAGUAGACAGACAGACACACACACACACACACACACACACACACACACACACACACACACACACACACACACACACACACACACACACACACACACACACAAACACACACAGGAGCUCGGACUCGACCCCCGCAGCCUCAACUAGGUGAGUACAAAUACACACAGACACACACACACACACACAGGAGAUACCGUGUUUGAUGUAUCUAUACGCAUAAAUUCUAGCGGCUUCAAAUCAAGCAGGAGAAAGCUGGUAGGCCCACAUGUGAGAGAAUGAGUCUCCAUGGUCAGUGUAUACCAUAUAAAAAAAAAUCAGGGAGCCAGUGGUGCAUUGUGGGAAUGCCAUUUCAGUCGUCCUUUUUCAGCAUGUCUAGGGGUAAGAAAUAUGUGACUCCCCAGCAAAUCUGGGACUCUUCUCUUCCCAAGUGAUGCUCUAACACAGAUGGAAGUGUCAGUGAAGAUCAAUUUCAUUAUUUCGAGGAGUUUGAGACCAAAAGCAGAGGAGGAGGAGGAAGAGGAGGAGGAGGAGGAAGAGGAGGAGGAUGAGGAAGAGGAGGAGGAU